AAAAAGUCUGGAUUUUGCUACUUUUACUCUAAAAAUGAAAAAAAAAACAGGGAAUAAAAUAAACAGAUUAACAUAAAAAGUCUGAAUUACAUAAAAACGUAUUUUUGCACAAAUUCUCAGCUUCUGUGAUUCAAAGUGAAGGUUUGCUGCCCUCCUGCGACUGAAGGAGCUCACACACCCACGCUGCCUUCACGACACGUAGAAACUCGGACAUCUCAGCUGCGUUUUACUAAAAAUUCGGAUGACAAACACCCGCCGAUUAUAGUGACGUUUAGUAAAAUCACUAUUUAGAUUUAUCCUUUGAUCUGUUGACCUCAUCGUUGUUCGUUUAACGGUAACACGUGAAAUACACACAGCGUGUCCUCCGGUCGCUCCAAGUCUCCGAUCUCCUAUUUAACCCCAGCCCGUGAACGCAGCACCAGGACCAGCCUGCCUCACAUUGUUAACGUUGAUUUCUCCCGUUCAAAGCAGCAUUUUGUCUUCCGUGAGCCGAACCUGGAUCACAGCCUCCCACUAACCGCAUGAAAUCUCGGCUUCGUCAGGCAGCGGGACCCCCACCGGCACACGCCCGAGCAUGAGGAGGAUCGGUGGCCGUUACCCUGCCCACACCGGAGGCUGCUGGUAGGGAUGGUGUGGCUGUGAAGAGCCGGUGUGACGCGCCUGUGGUCGGGGGAAGAAGUGCCUGGACAACAUGACUGUUUUCAACCCGGAAAAUGUGGAGGAAUUUUAUGACAUCGGGGACGAGCUGGGGAGCGGUCAGUUUGCUGUGGUCAGAAGAUGCAGACACAGGACUACAGGUGUGGAGUUCGCCGCCAAAUUCAUCAAGAAGCGGCGCAGCAAGUCGAGCCGACGAGGGGUGACGCGGGAGGACAUCGAGCGCGAGGUGAACAUCCUGAAAGAGAUCCAGCACCCGAACGUCAUCGCGCUGCACGAAGUCUUUGAAAACAAGGCGGAGGUCAUCCUGAUCCUGGAGCUGGUGGCCGGAGGCGAGCUCUUCGACUUCCUGGCAGAGAAGGAGUCCCUGAGCGAGGAGGAGGCCACGCAGUUCCUCAAGCAGAUCCUGGAUGGAGUCCACUACCUGCACUCCAAGCGGAUCGCUCACUUCGACCUCAAGCCGGAGAACAUCAUGCUGCUGAACCGCUCAGUGCCUCACCCGCGCAUCAAGAUCAUCGACUUCGGACUCGCCCACAAGAUCGAUUUUGGCAACGAUUUUAAAAACAUCUUUGGAACUCCAGAGUUUGUAGCUCCUGAAGUCGUCAACUACGAACCUCUGGGCCUGGAGGCAGACAUGUGGAGCGUCGGUGUGAUUACCUACAUCCUCCUGAGCGGAGCCUCUCCUUUCCUGGGCGACAACAAGCAGGAGACUCUGGCCAACGUGUCGGCGGUGGACUACACCUUCGAUGAGGAGUUCUUCAGCAACACCAGCGUGCUGGCCAAAGACUUCAUAGCGAGGCUGCUCGUCAAAGAUCCAAAAAAGCGAAUGACCAUCCAGGACAGCCUGCAGCACCCCUGGAUCAAGCCAAAGGACACUCAGCAGGCUCUGAGCAGGAAGGAGUCGGCCGUCAACAUGGAGAAGUUCAAAAAGUUUGCAGCCAGGAGAAAGUGGAAGCAAUCGGUCCGACUCAUCUCCUUAUGUAACCGCCUGUCCCGCUCCUUCCUGUCCAGGAGCAACAUCAGCGUGGCCCGCAGCGACGACACGCUGGACGAGGAAGACUCCUUUGUGAUGAAGGCCAUCAUCCACGCCAUAAAUGACGACAACGUGCCGGGUCUGCAGCAUCUCCUCGGCUCGCUGAACAACUACGAUGUGAACCAGCCCAACAAGCACGGGACCCCUCCCCUGCUGAUCGCAGCCGGCUGUGGAAACAUUCAGAUCAUCGAGGUCCUGAUGAGGAAAGGAGCGGAGAUCCGGGCCCACGACAAGAGCGGAGCCAACGCCAUCUACUACGCGGCGAGACACGGCCACGUGGCGACCCUGAGAUUCCUCCAUGACAAGAAGUGCCCGCUGGAUGUGCAAGAUAAGUCCGGCGAGACGGCGCUACACGUGGCUGCUCGCUAUGGCAACGUGGAUGUGGUGAGCUACCUGUGCAGCAUCCGAGCCAACCCGGACCUGACGGACAGGGAGCAGGAGACGCCGCUGCACUGCGCUGCCUGGCACGGCUACUCUCCGGUAGCCCGAGCUCUGUGCCAGGCAGGCUGCCACGUGGAUGCCAAGAACCGCGAGGGGGAGAGCCCGCUGCUGACGGCCUCUGCCCGCGGCUUCGUGGACAUCGUGGAGUGCCUGGUGGAGCACGGAGCCGAGCUGGAAACCACCGACAAGGAAGGCCACACAGCUCUCCACCUGGCUGUGCGUCGCUGUCAGGUGGAGGUGGUCCGCUGCCUCCUCAGACACCGCUGCCAAGUGGAUCAGCAGGACCGCCACGGAAACACGCCGCUCCACAUCGCCUGCAAGGAUGGAAACCUGCCCGUCGUCAUGGCGAUCUGCAAUGCUAAGGCCAUCCUCGACCUCCCCAACAAGUCCGGCAGAACUCCGCUCCACCUGGCGGCGAACAACGGGAGCCUCGAGGUCGUCCGCCAUCUCUGCCUGGCCGGAGCGAACAUCGACGCUGUCACCAACGAUGGAAAGACGGCGGAGGAUUUGGCUUCGGCCGAACAUCACGAGCACGUCGUGUCACUGCUGGGAAAGCUUAAAAAGGACAACCACAAGCUGAGCUACAUCCAGCAGCUGCGGCCCACUCAGACGGUCCAGCCCCGGAUCAAACUCAAGCUCUUCGGACACUCGGGAGCCGGGAAGAGCACGCUGCUGGAGUCUCUGAAGUGCGGCAUCCUGCGCAGCUUCUUCAGGAGGAGGAGGACGCGCAUGACCAACGCGGCCCGGCACCCCAACUCGCCCGUCAACUCCAAACCUCCCGUGUCGGUGAGCAUUUCCAACCUGUACCCCGGCUGUGAGAACGUGAGCGUGAGGAGUCGCAGCAUGAUGUUUGAGCCCAGCCUGACCAAAGGCGUGCUGGAGGUCUUCUCCCCCGUGCACAGCGCUCUGUCUGCGGCUGACGAACAGGCCACCAAGGCCAUCGACAUCCAGCACGCCAACAUCCACGGCGUGGGAGAUUUCAGCGUGUGGGAGUUUUCUGGAAACCCGGUCUACUACUGCACCUACGAUUAUUUUGCGGCCAACGAUGUCACAGCGAUCCACGUGGUCCUGUUCAGCCUGGAGGAGCCGUACGAGACCCAGCUGGGCCACAUCACCUACUGGCUGAACCUGCUGAAGGCCCUCACCCUGCCGCAGGAAAGCAUCUCUUUCGGUGGUCGGAUCCAGCAGCCUCUCGCGGUCGUCCUGGUGGCGACGCACGCCGACCUCGCCGACGUUCCCAGAGCGUUCUCCGGAGAGUUCAGCUACGACAAAGAGAGGGCGCUGCUCAAGGAAGUCAGGAACAGGUUUGGGAACGACCUGCAGAUCAGUGACAAACUGUUUGUGAUGGACGCUGGAGCCUCAAACUCUAAAGACAUGAAGCUGCUGAGGAGUCACCUGCAGGAGCUUCGAGCCAGCGUCGUCUCCAGGUGCAGUCCGAUGACGCUGCUGUCGGAGCGUCUGCUGGCCGUUCUGCCGACCUGGAGGAAGCUCAGCGGACCCAACCAGCUGAUGUCGUGGCAGCAGUUUGUCAGUGACGUGCAGGAGCACAUCAACCCGCUGGUGAGCCAGGAUCACCUGCGCACGCUGGCCCUGCAGCUCCACAGCAUGGGAGAGAUCAACAUCAUGCAGAGUGAGACUGUGCAGGACGUCGUCCUGCUGGAGCCUCGAUGGCUCUGCAGCAGCAUCCUCGGCAAGCUGCUCUCCGUGGAGACGCCCAAAGCCAUCCACCACUACAGGGGGCGCUACAGGCUGGAGGAGGUGCAGGCCCUGGCGCCUGAGAGCGACGUGGACGAGCUGCUGCAGAUCCUGGAUGCCAUGGACGUCUGCGCCCGGGACGUCACCAACCCCACCAUGGUGGAUGUUCCCGCACUCAUCAAGACAAACGGCCUCCACCGGUCCUGGACCGAAGAGGAGGAGGAGGAGUCGCUGCUCUACGGAGGCGUCCGAAUCGUCCCGGCCGAGCACCUCACUCCCUUCCCUUGCGGCCUCUUCCACAAGCUGCAGGUGAACCUGUGUCGCUGGAGCCACCAGCAGAAGCCCGAGGAGGACGGCGCCGACGACAACGAUGGAGAUAUUCACCUGUGGACCAACGGCGCCAAAGUGAGCCAGGCAGGAGUGGAGGCCAUGAUCCUCCUGGUCAACCACGGGCAGGGUGUGGAGAUUCAGGUCCGUGGACAUGAUUCUGAGCGGGCCAAGUGCUACACCCUGCUGGACACCCUCUGCAGUAUAACAGAGAACCUGCUGGCCUCCACGCUGCCCGGACAGCUCACCGCCAAAUACUACCUGAGCCCUCAGCAGCUGCGGGAACACCACGCCCCCAUCAUGGUCUACCAACCCAAAGACUUCUUCCGGGCUCAAGUCCAGCGCGAGACCUCGCUCACCAACACCAUGGGCGGCUAUCGGGAGAGCUUCAGCAGCAUCCUGGCGUUCGGCUGCGCUGAAAUUUACCAGUGGGGGAUUCUGGGAACGGACGUCCACAUAUCGGACGUGCCGCUGCUGGCUCGCCGGAAGCUGUGCCGCAUGCUGGACCCUCCAGACGCCAUGGGGAAAGACUGGUGCCUGCUGGCCAUGAACCUGGGCCUCACUGAAUUGGUGGCCAAAUACAGCAACGGGACUCCAAACGGCACCUCUGAGCUGGACUUGGACUCGGACUCCCAGCAGGCCGCGCUGCAGCCCAGCCCGACGGCGGCUCUGCUGCAGGAGUGGAGCGGGCGAGCGGGCAGCAGGGUCGGCGUACUGAUGGCGAAGCUGAGGGAGCUCGGCCGGCGCGACGCCGCGGACUUCCUGCUCAAAGCGUCGCCCGUGUUUAAGGUUAACACGGAGGCGCUGGGAGGAGCCGCCAACGGCUACCCGCCAACCUGCAACGGCGGCACAUCGUACAACUCCAUCAGCUCCGUCAUUUCCCGCUGAGGGCUCGCUGUCCCCGCCAGACGUCAGGAGGUCGCUCUGACACGACGGACUCGUGCAAUCUUUCCGGUCCAGCUGCUCACACUUUAAUCGCUCCGUUUUGUUGCCGUGCAAACCAGAUGUUGUGUUUGUGCUCUC